GCCGUGCUCAGGCUACUCCCUGUCUAGCAACGCACCUCUUACCAUCUAUGUAAAUCUAACACUGUUUUUUAUUUAUAUCGUCAUUCCGUAAAAAGUGCCCAACAAAUACUCAAAAAAAAUAAUAAACACUAUACACAUAAUCUUUUUUCCGUGUGUUCUGUGCCAGUUUAUGUCUUGUUUCUGUCUUCAUUGAUUUUUUCUCGAUUUUUUGCCGAUUGAUUUCGAUUUCUGAAAAGCGCCCGAAUCCGAAAUGGCAACAUCGCGGAACAAGAAAUCCGAAACGAUUCCUCUAAAUUUCGAAAACAUGGAAGACGAAGCCCGCUUGGAUCGCACGGCCUUGGGCUAAGUUGUCACGCCGACCUUCAGGCUGAUAUUUCUACUACACUACGAAAUGGGCCCUUUAGGAUGUCAUGAUAAUUUUCCGUCGUCCUUUUCAAUCCUUAUUCCAUAUUUUUUUUAGAAAAUUUAAUCUGAAUGUGUUCACUAUAAGGCACAGCAAAAAGCAAUAUUUAAAAUUAUAUCUAAAAGACAAUAUUUAACAUGUUUAGUAUAUAGCGCCGAAUUGUUAAAUGUUUAAUUGUUUGUAAGUAAAUUUUAUAUUUAAAACACAUUAUAUAUUUUGUAGUAUUUUUAGAACAUGUUGAAGCUAUUACCGACCUAUCCAUACAUUACAAUGAAACAAAAACGAAACAUAAAAUUUACAAAAAUUAAAUUAAAAACAACCACAACAAGCAAUCCUAGAUCAAUUUAACAAUCAUUUGUUGUAAUUUUUGUACAUAUUAAACAAAACAAUAAUAAUCAAAUGAAUUGAAUUAGUACAAACAUGUUUAUUACGCACAAACAAAUCAAAAAAAUAAAUUAACAUUGCUGGAAUCUGAGCUUAAUGUACACCUCGUCUUAAUUUGUUAUUCUGCUACAAUAUUUACAAAACCGACCGAACGAAAAAUAGAGCAUGUACGCGGCAGCAGGGGGCGCUUCCCUGGCGUCCCGCCAGGCGCGCCAGAAGCAGCGCCAAAACAAAAAGCAGCAGGCCUUGAAGAACGCGAACCUGACUCCCAAGCCGCAGCAGGCGAAGAACUUCCAGAACUACACGGACCCGGCCGUGCCGAGGCUGUCUCGCGUGGAGAGGGGGGCGCUGCGGCCGCCUCAGCCCCACGAGAGGCGGCACAGCACCUCCAACUACCACCUGAAAGAGCCGGGGCGCGCCCGCAUCCGCGAGAGCCCCUCCAUCUCCAUCCCCGUCGUUCCCAACCACCAACCCGCGCCCCUCACCCCCUGCGCCCUGGUGCAGCAGCACCACCACCACCACCACGGCCACAUGCACCCGGCGCACUCCACGGCCACCUUGCAUCACCCGGCGCAGAGCCAGCUGCCGCAGAUUUUCAUACCGGAGGACAGCAAGCUGGAGAGGAGAUGCAGCUUCGUCAGGCAGGUGGAGGAGAUGGAGAAGCCGCAGCCCGGCGACGUGCUCGACAGGUGCAACCACAUCUGCAACUUCGAAAUCAACGACAAGCAAUGGGAGAAUCAGAAUUUUUACACGGAGUACGAUAGGGACCCCUUCGGCAGCCUAGAGUAUCCAUUUUCCGAGUGUUCUCAAGGACGCGCAGCAUGGCAGGAGAGAGAGAGAGGCAGACGCUGUUCUCUCUCGGAAGAAGCGCGGCAACACCGCAUAAAACAAACCGAGGCUCAUCACCGAUGGAUGAAGAGGAACAGGAUACACGAUGCGUCGUACGGGGGGGAAGAGGAGGACUUCUUCGACGUGUACCACCAGAGCGCGGCCGCCAACGCGCUGCUCUACGUCGGCCUGGGCGCCAUCGCGAUAGGCAGCAUCAUCUUCUUCGUGGGCACCGGCGAGAAGGGCUUCAAGACGCUCGAGCUGCGCCUCAUCGGGCCGGCGAUGGUCUCGUGCGGGCUGCUGUGCUGCGUGGUGCGCAUCCUGCUGUGCGCGUGCCCCUCCACCUGCCUGCGCAGGCGCAAAAACCCCGCGGGGCGCGGCGAGGACCCCGCCGCCCUCCACCCGCUCGCGAACAAGUGCCGUCGCGAGAGCGCGCGCGACCAUCGGACAAUGUCGACGGACUAUCCGCCGAUGGGCGGGGACGAUAAGGUUUUGUUGCACAAACAGAAGAAAAAAGUGUCUAUAGUGCCGCCCAAUCACUCGCUGCCCAGCACCAGCACCCAAGAGUUCAAGGAGCUGCCGCACGUGGUCGCCACCGCGCCAGAGGACAACGUCAGAAAAAUCAGCAUACCGCAGAUAAACCUUCCGGACGUCGAGGAGGCCAAGACCUCGCGGGAAGACUCGAUCAUCGAGCUGCAGAGCCUCGACCUCGCCUACGAGAUCGAGUCGGUGUCGUCGGCGUCGUCGUCGUCGUCGGGCGACGACGGCACGCCGACCCUCGAGCCGACGAAGAAACACGCGCGCGCCCGACAACCGGCCAACAACGGCAACAGCGUCGGCAACGGCGACGACGUGGAAACCACGACGCUCAGCGUCGUCAUCGAACGCAACGACAACAGCGAAUCCAGCGACGACAAAAAGUCGGAGGUGGGGGGUUCGCUGGCGCCGCCGCCGCCAUCUGGCGACAGAAAAACUCACAGCGGCAUCGUGCUCAGCCCGUUGCAACUGGGACAAUAAUCGAUGUUUAACUCUUAGGUUUGUAUAUGUGGUUCUUCAAGAUCCAAACCAAUUUUUACGGUACCAAUAAGUUUCGUGUUUGUUCUUAUCAUGGAACACAAUAAAAAAACAUGGAACAAACCCAUAAGCUAGAUGGCGCUUCCUGUUUUGACACAUUUUAUUAUCAACAGUUGGUAAUGGGUCUUUCCUUCUCAAACCGACCAGCCAAAAAGGGGUUCAUCAUUAUUUUUCAACGAAUUUUUUUACAGUUUUUUUUAAUUGUAUGUAAAUGUUUACUGCAUACAAAUAAGUAUAUAAAAAAUUAAGUGAAUUCACACAUUUUUUUUUAAAUUGUUUUUUCUAAAAAAGGCAAAUUCUUUAGAAAAGACAAAUUAAAAAAAAAAUUCCAUUUGAGAAGGAAAGGCCUUCAUACAAUUACAUCUUAACGUUUAAAUACUAAUAACAUACAUAACAAUAACUAAUAAGGAGGUAAAAUAAACUGAUAUCAAUCAAAUUGUGUGUUAUGUGAAGGUAUUAUUAAAUCCAAUUUGUUUUUUAUGUAGAAGAAUUCUUAACUCUUAAGAAGAGUAAAAAUUUUGACAUAUUUUUUUAUCAUAAUAUGGCAGCCUACUGCUGUGCAUAAAUUUACUUGACCAAUGGUUGUGAAACAUGCUAUAAAAAUCGCCGUAAACAUUCGAUUGGAUCCCGAAGAUAAUCGAAUAAAAAACUGUUAGUACCUAUAUGGAAUUGAUUAUAAUAAAUGUGCAGAAUGUUCUUCUAUUCCGAUAAAAAUGUACUGAUAAGGAAAAGUCGAACACUCGUCCAAAAGGGCUCCUCAAAAUGCCGCAACAUCCUGUAGCGCAAGUAUAGUGCAUUCAUGUAUUGGAAAAGUUUUCAUUCUUUGAUAUCGGUGAAAUCUUACUGAAUUGAGCUUGAGGGGUUCUUGCAAAGAAUAGGAAUUAUAUAAAUAUGCAUUUUAUUUUGCGGUAAAGCAAUUUUUGCAACGCGAAUGUGUGUAAAGUAAUAUUUGCUAUAAAAAUUGUAACCUAGGGUGCCUGUGAAAUCUUUUUAUCCCUUAAUUAUUUAAUUAUGCUUUAUUAAUUUCUGUUAUUCUAUUUGUAGUUUUAAUAAUUAUUAUUAUACUUGGUAAAGGUAAAAUUACGACAAAUUUUAAGAUUUGUUAAAUAUUUUGCAACAUUCACAAAGCAAUAUAUAGCUGGCCUAAACGUUUAUUUUUAAAAUGACAAUAGGGAAAAUAUGUAUAAUAAAUUGUUUGUUUAUUUAUUCUACAUAAGUAUGCAACUUUUGCCCACAACAAUCAAGUUUUGUAUUUUUUAAUAUUUUCGCAAAACUAUAUUAUAAAAAAGUGCUUCAAAUAACACACUAAAUGUACCAUUAUGAAAAAUUAUUUCUCCAAUAUUUUUUGAAAAGCACAUACAAACUUCUCUUAAAUUAUAAAUUAAAUUUGGUAUUUACUUUUUAAAAAAUUGCCAUUAUUAUACAACCUAUAUAUAUAUAUAUAUAUAUAAAAAUGUACAAUAUAUACUUGCUAUUGUAACAUAGAAAAGAUAAAAAUGUACUUCAAUGUCACAUAACUUUACCAUACCUACUUAGGCUAAGUACAUAGGUACCAAAACAUUCCAGUUACCUGGUAUCAACAAGCUGUUACAUGAUAUAAUUGUUUCAUAUAAUUUUCGUUUUAUACAUACGUGUGGAAAGAGUUAUAUUUACGUUAUAGAGCCGUGAAAAAUAUAUUAUAAAUACAUAAUGGUUACAUAUCGACUAUAAUAAAGAAAUGCC